CAUUCUGAUUGGGUGGGACGAUCGACCUGUAUUUCCGGCCCGACCCAGACAGUCGCACUGGACCAGUCUCGGUGUUUAUCUGUGUUCAUCGGUUCCUGCUCCGCCUCAACAUGUCAGCGUCUGGCUUCGUGCUCGCGAUGCUCGCGGCCUCUCUGUGUCCCGGAGACUGCAGGUUCCUCAUAGACCCAUUGUCAUUCAUCAAACCGGGAUCUCUGACUCCGGACACGUGUUCAGAAUGCAGACAGGUCCUCCAGCUGUCCGCCAACAUGAUCUCCAGCAGAGACACCAAGGAGACUGUAUAUGAAACAUUGCAUGCUCUCUGCCAGCACUUCCCAAGUGCACAGGCAUCAGAGUGUGAUUCGCAGGUCAGGUCAUAUUUGCCCAAAGUGCUGCUGCAAACCCCUGGUCACCUGAAGCCAGGUGAGACCUGCAUGGCUUUUGGACUUUGUGCUGCCCACAAGGAGGAAGAAGAGCUCAAACUUCCCCACCAUGCCACCAACAAAGACAUAUCCAGUGCUGCAGUUGGCACAGCCAUCAGCAGCUAUGAGAAGUUCGACCCAGCUUGCACCCUGUGUUUGUUUAUCAUGAAGAAACUGGAGACCCUAUUGCCCAAAAACAUGACUGAGGAUACUCUAAUGAAGCUCAUGGGAGAAGUCUGUUAUCUUCUACCUCAGAGCUACAAGGACCAAUGUGAUGAUUUUGUCAGCAAAUACGGCGUACAGAUAGUUGAAUUCCUGUUAUUGUCUGCUGCACCUCACACAAUAUGUACUCUUUUGCACCUCUGUUUGUUUGAGGAGCAGCUUCUUCCAGGUCAGUCACAUGUUCUUCAUGAAUAUAUUAGGUCAUUGUUUGUUUAUAGGUUAGACCUGAACCUCACACCUCCCCACCAAAUUAACACCUGGCCCAUUUCCCCAGAGGUGAACCUCCCUUCAGACUGUGAGUCGUGCCGCACACUGGCUGUGCUGAGCCGACUGCAUUUGGGUCCCAACUCCACCGAACCUGAGACUUCCUCUUUCCUGCAGUCUGUGUGUGUCCGUCACCCCAAUGCCAUCCCUAAGUGCAAUGCUUUCUCAAAAAUCUAUGGCUCCCGACUGCAAAAGGUUUUGGGAAAUCAGAUGGAUGUUCCUCAUGCUUGUGAAAGAGCGGAUCUGUGUGUUGCCUCAAAGAAGCUGGAGCAGCUGGGAAAGCGCCGCUGUGAUCGGCCACCAUAUUGUUAGUUUAACUGAUGACAGUGAUGCACAGAACCAGGUCUUCUGUGAGAAACAUGGAAGAAGAAUGAACCAAAUUGAUUGCAGCACUUAAGUCGUGUAUUUCUUUGUUUUUACAAAAUAUUACACUUAUUUACACUUUGUUUUAUAUAUGUAAUGCACUUUACUUACUUUUUUUUUUUUUACUUUUUCGGGAAAUAAUUAAUCUCAUCCUAUUUCAAUUAGCCAUGAAGGUUCAUCAUGAAAUAUUUUGGUUUGCAUGAAGUGAUUUGUCAUGAGAUUUGGGCUGGGAUUCAGAGUGAAAUAUCAGUUUCUGAGGCAGUUUUGUCAAGUGUGUAUAUUACAACAUGCCAUUAUGAAUGUGAAAAAUGUUAGCUGUAAAAUGAACUCUCACUAUGUAUUAAAGACAGUUUGGACAACUGAUUAUUCCAGACAUGUCCUGGAGCUUGUUUAUUUAGAAACCUCCACAUAGUAAAAAGAUAAAAUGGUGGGGAAAAAAACAUGGAAACAAUUUUGUGGCUUUAAAGAAAAUCCUUGACGCUCUCUUGCCACUCUCAUAUUAUUCUCUGUUGUUGUUUUCAAUCAAUUAAAUACCCAAGUCUUCUUGCAAAUCACCCUGAAGAAGAAAAUCCUGCCUAACUUA